UCCACAACUCUAUCUCUCUCCAUUCUUCUUCUUGUAGAGAGAGCUUUUAUGGCGGUGGAGCUCAUGACUAGAAACUACAUCUCCGGCGUCGGAGUCGACAGCUUCGCCGUUCAAGAAGCUGCAGCGUCAGGACUCAAAAGUAUGGAGAGCUUUAUCGGUUUAAUGUCUCAUGAAAGCUUUAACUCCAACCAACCCUCUUCCUCCUCCUCCGCCGCCGCCGCCGAUCUUGAACUAGCUCGUAAUACAACGGCGGACGCGGCGGUGUCGAAGUUCAAAAGAGUCAUAUCUCUCUUAGAUCGUACUCGAACCGGACACGCCCGGUUUAGACGCGCUCCGGUUAUUUCUCCAAUUCAAGAAAUUAAACCUCCGCCGUUCCAACCUCCGCCACAGAUCCGUAAAGGUUCCUUUUCUCCGUCGGUAAAAACGAUCGACUUCUCUUCUCUCUCCUCCGUAACGACGGAGUCAGAGCACAUGAAACACCACUAUCAUCCUGAAACAGCGCCGUUUGGUACUCAAAGCCUAUCCACAACAGUUUCUUCACCUCAUCACCCUCCUCCGGAAACGGCGCCGUUUGGUACUCAAAGCCUCUCCACAACAGUCUCUUCUUUCUCCAAAUCAACAAAGAGAAAAUGUAACUCAGAGAAUCAUAUCGCUGGAAAAUGCGAAUCCGCUUCCUCCGGUCGUUGCCAUUGCUCCAAGAAAAGGAAGAUAAAACAGAGGAGAGUGAUUAGGGUUCCGGCGAUAAGUGCUAAAAUGUCUGACGUUCCUCCAGAUGAUUAUUCAUGGAGAAAAUACGGACAGAAACCGAUCAAAGGGUCUCCACAUCCAAGAGGAUAUUACAAGUGCAGUAGCGUAAGAGGUUGUCCAGCUCGUAAACACGUGGAGAGAACAGCAGAUGAUUCGUCCAUGUUAAUUGUUACUUACGAAGGAGAUCAUAAUCAUCCUCUCUCCGCCGCUGAUCAUAAUCAUCCUCUCUCCGCCGCUGAUCUCGCCGGCGUUGCCGUAGUUGAUCUCAUUUUGGAGUGGUAUUGAAGGAAAAAAGAGUCUUUCAGGCUUAUGAUUAAAAUUAGAUCUUUAGUGGAGUUACUUCUCUUCUUAUUCUGUUUUAAGUGACUGAAACUAUGAAUCAUGUAAUCAAAAACCUUCCGGAAGAUAAACAUUCUAGC